AUGAAUACCCAACAACAACAACAACAACAUCCUCCUCCACAAGGCCCUCCUGGCAUUCCAGCACAAGUGCAACCUCAAAAUUCUUCCAGAGGUGGAAUAGCCUCAAAUAAUCCCGGUACUCAACAACAACAACAACAACAGCAACCUCCACGAGGUCCUACACAACAAAUUCCUCCAAAAUCAACUCUAAUCAAAACUGACAAGCCUCGGCCUCAUACAUGUCUAACAUGUACACGAUCUUUUGCACGUUUAGAACAUCUUAAGCGUCAUGAACGUUCUCACACAAAGGAAAAACCUUUCCAGUGUCCCGUUUGUGAGCGCUGUUUUGCCCGCAGAGAUUUGCUGCUUCGUCAUAAGCAAAAACUUCAUGCUGCUUUCCCAGAAACCCCCCGUGUUCGUGCUACUGGAAAACGUAAAUCUGUUGCUCCAACUACAAUUUCUUCUACCAAAGCUCCUGCUGGUAUUUCCAAGACUUCAUCGAACCCAAAUGCUGCUUCUUCAUCAUCGUCUGCAUCUACAGCAGCUGCUCAAGCUCAAGUUCAGGCUCAAGUAGCAGCCGCUGUAUCAACUUCUUCUUCUUCAUCAUCAUCAUCAUCAUCAUCAUCAAACACAGCGUCUGCCUCUUCCACAGCAACAUCAACAUCAGCAGCAGCAGCAGCAGCAGCAACACCAACCACCUCAAAUACAACAACUGGCCAACAACAACAACCACCCGGCUCAACAACAGCAACUAGUACGAAUGCAAAUAACUCUGCGGCAACAACAGCAACAUCUACACCUGGAGCUAGCACGUUUGCAUCAAAUCAUUCGUCUGCAUCCCCAACACCAAAUAUCCCAAUGUCUACAAUGACUUCUGGUGGCGGUAGUAUCAUGAUGCCAUCUUCUCAGCAACAGCAACAGCAACAGCAACAGCAACAGCAACAGCAACAGCAACAGCAACAAUAUCAAACACCAUCAGCAGUAUCCACACCAAACAAUAUGCAUAUGCCUUCUACUGGAGGUCACAACCAGCACCAUAGAGCCCCUUCAUCUUCUGUGUCACCGGUUUCCAUUUCCAUGAUGAACCAGCAACACUCUCAUAUGCCUCAACAACAUCAACAACAACAACCGGCAUUUUCUAAUGGUAGUGCAUUUUCUCCACACGCAUUUAUGGGCCCACCAUCAUCUUCUAGUUCAGCUUCUCGUUCUGAUUUGAGGUCCCGGGCUCUUAAGUUUUUCCGAGGCCCCCAGCCUCACGCAGACAUAAUCCAACAACUUUCAUCUUCUUUUACAAGCGAUUCGCUGGAUAACAAUUAUGGUGGCUUUUAUGGCUUGCUCUCAGAGUCCCCCAACCUUCUGGCUGCCGCUGCAGCCUCUUCUCCAGGCCAGUUUGCUGCCGUGGCAGCUGCUGCUGCUGCUGCUGCCGCUGCUGCAGCCACUCAAAACGCUUAUGCAAGCAACCCAAACUUAUCUGGUGGUGGUGCUGUUGCCUCUUCAUCAUCUGCAAACGUAUCUACCCCAGGAUCAGGCACCGCUUUAAGUGUCGGCACUCCCUCUUCAUCUUCUGUAACAUCCGCCUCGUCCACAUCGGGCCAUGGAAUUUCAGAUGACUUUAACGGCCAAAGACCCCCGCGAAGGCAUCGCCCUGCUUCCUUUUCAGCUGCAAGUGCAACUUCCUACUCAAAAUAUAAGGACAUUGCAAUGAUGGAUGCUGGCCAUAAUGUCCCCCCAUCGGGUCCUACACAAGUUGGCUUUGCCACUCCACAACUACUCCCCACAACAUUGUCUUCCAAUGAUGGCGAUAUUAUCACGGAUGAUAUUUUCAAUUCUUCUGACCCGCUAUUUAUUAACCCACAACUACUAGACCCAUCUUUUGACUCAAAUUACUUUUUGUCUACCCCCUUUGCAAAUAAUGGCAAUAUGAGCGAUGUACCAGGUGGCCCGGUAAAUAUGGCUGCUGCUGCUGCUGCUGCUGCAGCUGCCGCUUCCAAUGUUUCGUCUACUACACCUGGCCUUAACCCUAAUAAUAAUAAUAAUAAUAAUAAUAAUAAUAAUAGCAUACCCCCUCAUCUUCAUCCUCAUCUUUCUAAUCAUCCACGCAAUAAUAGUUUUGACGAUGGAUUGAGUCCAGGUCAUAAUGCGUUACUGGAGCUUGACAAUGAUGACCUUUCAUGGUUGUAUCCUUCCAAAACAAACUCUUCAGAACAUGCAGACAGCCCUCAAACAAGUAUCAAUGGCAAUAUGGGGUUUGACAAGCAAGAUACCCCGAAUCCACAACAAAUGCAUCAACAACAAAGCCAUUCUCAGCAACAGCAGCAACAGCAACAGCAGCAACAACAGCAGCAACAACAACAACAACAACAACAACAUCACACUCCACAGAGUCUGUUUUCUUCCUUUUCGUUCAAUGCUCCAAAACAACAGUCGCAGCAGCAGCAACAGCAACAACAGCAACAACAACAGCAGCAGCAACAACAACAACAACAGCCACAGCCACAGCCACAGCCACAACAACAACAACAACAACAACAACAACACCAACAGCAAAAUUUCUCCAGCUCAAACAAUCAAAACGCUGGACUUUCCCCAUUCCCAAUACCUUCUUCUACUCAACAAGGAAACUCGUCCCAGCAACAUGUCCCACCCCCUCAUGGCAAUAACAAAAUCUUGUCACAAAUGGCGCGCGGCAACAUGGCAAAUACUACUAGUACUCCAGGUACUUCUAUCCACAACACAUCUGCCGCGUCUGCCGGCCUUGCACCGCCGUCCUCGGGUGGCGACCAUGAACCUUUUGCCAAUAUUUGGCAAUCUGAUAUGAAACCUCCAAACAAGUCUUCCUCCUCAACUCCGUCCGCUCCGUCUUCCGCUUUUGAUAAUAUGAUGUUUCAGGGUACAAGCCGCAAAUAUAACCAUGUUAUUACGCCGCAACUCCGUCUUCACAUUUUAAACACACUUGCAACCCCCACACCAUUAACCUCCAACCAAACUCCUCAAUUGCCGUCUAUUCCCGAACUCCAGCUCUACAUUGAUGCGUACAUUACCCAUUUUUCCAAACACUUGCCCUUUUUGCACCAUACUCUGGAAUUUACUCCGGAUAAUGUUCCUCUUGCCCUUUCCAUGGCUGCCAUUGGUGCACUCUAUCUUUUUGAGCGUGCUCACUCGGCUGCAAUUUUUGAAAUCUCGCGCUGCUGUGUUCAUGUUUAUUUGGAAUCACGUCGAGAACGCAAACAAGACCCUAAAACUGACCACGAAAUUACCCCCCUGUGGCUAGUCCAGGCUUUACUUUUAGGAGUGGUUUAUGGUCUUUUUAACGAUGAACUUCUUGCAAAUAAAAUUGCAGUUGCUCAAGCUAAUGCUGUUAUUUCACUAGCAAAGUCUGCUGGACUCCAUCUUCCACCACGCAACUUUAUUUCAGUACCUGAUGCUGCUCGCUCAUCUAUUGAAGAAAAGUGGCAGUAUUUCAUCAUGGUACAAGAACGGAUCCGUACAAUGCAUGUUGUUCAUACUAUAUCGUGUCUUUUGGCUACAGGUUACAAUGCCACCACUACUUUACGCAACUCGGAUAUCAGGUGUGGCUCGCCUUGUGAUGAGAAACUGUGGACUGCCCAAGAACCUCAUAAAUGGUGGAGUGUGCUUCAGGAAAAGGAAAAUGACGGAUCUCUUAGUAAUUCUGUGGAGGGUCCCGAUUUCCUUAAGUGUCUUGAGCGUUUACUUGCUGGUAAUACUCUUGUUGGCGAGGUGCCUCACUUUACUUUGUUAACACUCAUCUAUGCCAUCCAUUUCGAUAUUCACGAGCGCCGCGAAGAGUACGACAAGAUGAUAAAUCAACGUAUGCCGAGUGGUAACGGUCAAAUUGGCAGUACUCACACAACUCCUCCCCAAGGUAGUACUCCUCACGACGAGCACCUUAAUAACCAUUUGGUUAAAAAUGAUAGCUCACAACUUGUGGGAAGUGCGGGAAGUGAUGAUACUGCUGUGGGUAGCCCUGGGUUUAUGGGUGUUAACAAUGGGUCUCGUGAGACUCAGUGGCUAGAAAGAGAGAAGCGCUCUGUAGAAGCCAUUUUACGGGCAUGGGAAACUACGUGGUCUCUUUCGCCACAAGCAUCACUCAUUCCACGCACACCUGAUGGCUCGCUCAUGUCGGACUCAAUCCCCAUGUCAUCACUUGCACACGUGCGACUCUACUUGGACUUGCGCAAGACUAAGGAAUGCUUUUGGAAACGUGACUUUGCAGGUAUGGGCCGCGAGCUAGAUAUGCUGCGUGCACCUGUACUUUAUGAAGUACAAUCAGGCACUCGCAAGCAAUUUGAUGCGUUGCUUGAGGCGGCCUCGUAUGCUGCCGAUACCAUUUCUCUAUGGGAGAAGCAUUCUGCGCGGUGGACUUUACAAGCCACUGCUCUUGAAACGUUUAUCCAUAGUUUGAUGGCAUUAUUUGACUGUGGGCUUAUUGUAUCUGAAUUUUUCCAUCGCUUGGAAAAGCGUGACUCUACGCAGUGGCAACGUGAAGAAACGUUGCUUGUAGAGCGUCUGCGCAAGAUUUUUUCACGUGUAUUUGACGUGCUAUCGCAACGCUCAGAUGCAGAUGUUCUACACAAUCAACAACAGCGUACUGGUGGGUAUAAUUCUCCUGUAAAUGCCUCUGAAACUAGUCCUGGCAGCAACAGCAAUAACAGUGGCGGUGGCAAUAGCAACAAUAUCAAUAGCAACAACAACAACAACAACAACAACAACAACAAUAAUAAUAAUAAUAAUAAUAACAACAAUCUUAUGGGCAAUCCUACAGAACCGUUUGACAAUAACGGGAAUAUGAAUGCUGAGUACAUGAUGAUGAUGAUGAUGAUGAUGAUGAGCGAUGCCAAUAUGCGAUCCAAUUUUAUGAAUGUACCUGGUGGUAUGCAAGUGAUGAAUAGCAUAUUGAACAAUAUGGCCAAUUCGAUGGCAAAUGGUGGCAAUGGCGGCAACAUGAUGAGCAUGCUUAACAUGAUGGGCCAGAAUGGUGUCAAUGUACAAGGUAUGAUGAACAUGAUGGCUGCAGCCAAUGCCAACAAUAUGCAGCAGCAGCAGUUUUUACAACAGCAACAACAACAGCAGCAGCAGCAGCAGCAACAACAACAACAACAAAACUUGACGAGACUGAUGAUUCAGCAACAAGUUCCGAUGAGUAUUGUUGCAUUAACUGCGGUGUCACGGAUUUUGUCUACCAUUCAUAUUUGGCCAUUUGCACUAGUUAUGGCGCAGGCUCUACAGGCACGCAUCAUGCAGAUUCGUUCUGAAACAACAAUAAAUAAUAGCACACCUCUUGCUAGUAACAUCAACAACAACAACAACAACAACAACAAUAAUAAUAAUAAUAAUAAUAAUAAUAAUGUAUCUACGCCCGGGUUUAACAAUAAUUUAGGGUUUGCGGGUAUGUCGUUACAACAACAGCAACAACUUGCAUCUAUGCUUCAACAACAACAGCAACAGCAACAGCAACAGCAACAGCAACGAUCACCGUUCCAAACAUAUGGCAUGGAAAAUUCCGGUGCAGCAUUUGGCAUGGGUAACACCAAUAACAAUGGUAAUAUGCCGAUGGCUUCACGUGGGAACGGAAUCAAUGGCGGGGGCGGACCUCAAUCCAAUGGAAGCCCUGUUGCAAUGUCGUCUGGGUUUAUGAUGAAUGGUGGCUCUAGCAAUGGUUCUAUCAAUAAUAAUAAUAAUAACAACGGUAACUCUGGCAAUAAUAAUGCUGGAAGCAAUGCUGGGACUCCACUCAAGAUGCAGCGUACCGGUAGCAAUGGGGGACUUUCGACGAGCGGUGGUGGUGGUGGCGGCGGCACAAGUGCAGGCAAUCUUGGCACACCGCAGUCGUCAUCGUCAUAUAUGAGUCCUAGUGGGAACGUUGGGAAUAAUCCAGCGACCUCGUUGAUGGAUUUUAUGAUGAGUCCUCCUGGGUCGAUGCCACCUCGAUGA